GUCAGUGUCUCUCGAUACUGCUGUUCAUCUCACUGUGGGAUAUUGUACUCUCUUUCAGAGAAGCAGAGACUUUCAAGGAACAAGGAAAUGCUUAUUAUGCCAAGAAAGAUUACAAUGAAGCGUACAACUACUACACAAAAGCCAUAGACGCAUGUCCUAACAAUGCCAGUUAUUAUGGUAACAGAGCAGCCACCCUAAUGAUGUUGGGGAAGUUCCGGGAAGCACUGGGAGAUGCCCAACAGUCAGUCCGAUUGGAUGAUACCUUUGUACGGUUGAAGAAUGCGAGCGCCGUGCUGGAAUACGAGAGAAUAGCUGAAAUUGAUUUUGAGAAACGAGAUUUCAGGAAGGUCGUGUUCUGCAUGGACCGUGCUUUGGAGUUCGCUCCUGCCUGUCAUAGGUUCAAAAUCCUCAAGGCCGAAUGUUUGGCACUGCUGGGUCGCUAUCCAGAAGCACAGUCUGUAGCGAGCGACAUCUUACGGAUGGACUCCACAAACGCAGAUGCCCUUUAUGUCCGAGGUCUUUGCCUUUACUAUGAAGACUGUAUCGAGAAGGCCGUGCAGUUCUUCAUCCAGGCACUCAGGAUGGCCCCCGAUCACGAGAAAGCAUGUCUCGCCUGCCGAAAUGCCAAAGCACUUAAAGCAAAGAAAGAAGAUGGAAAUAAAGCUUUUAAAGAAGGCAAUUACAAACUAGCAUAUGAACUGUACACAGAAGCACUGGGGAUAGACCCAAAUAACAUAAAAACAAAUGCCAAACUCUACUGUAACCGGGGAACGGUUAAUUCAAAGCUUAGGAAACUAGAAGACGCAAUAGACGACUGCACAAAUGCAAUAAAACUGGAUGACACGUAUAUCAAAGCAUACCUGAGGAGAGCACAAUGUUACAUGGACACAGAACAAUACGAAGAUGCUGUGAGGGAUUAUGAAAAAGUUUACCAGACAGAGAAAACAAAAGAACACAAGCAAUUCCUAAAGAAUGCACAGGUGGAACUGAAAAAGAGCAAAAGGAAAGACUACUAUAAAAUCCUCGGGGUGGACAAAAACGCCUCCGAAGACGAGAUCAAGAAGGCCUAUAGGAAACGGGCACUCAUGCAUCACCCAGACCGGCACAGUGGGGCGAGUGCAGAAAUACAGAAAGAAGAGGAGAAGAAGUUCAAAGAAGUCGGAGAAGCCUUCACCAUCCUGUCGGAUCCCAAGAAGAAGGCUCGCUACGACAGUGGGCAGGAUCUGGAGGAGGAUGGCAUGAACAUGGCAGAUUUUGAUGCUAACAAUAUCUUCAAGGCUUUCUUUGGUGGGCCAGGUGGCUUCAGUUUUGAAGCUUCUGGGCCAGGAAAUUUCUUUUUCCAGUUUGGCUAAAAUAAAAACAUACAAACCACAUACACCCACCUGAAAUCCUCGUUUUAACCGUGAAUACGGACAUAAUUAGACUCCUGCCUUCAUCAUGUCUCAUUGUACUUAGAGCAGUUUCAUUUUCUCAGUUGGAAACCUCUCUGUUGUGUGCUUUGUGUGAGAAGAGGAAACCAGCGCUGAAGAGAGGGGCGGGGAAGGCUUGUGAAUUUUGUUUUACUGUUAACUUUAUUAAAAAAAAUAAAAUGUUUUGAAUCUUUUGGUCCCUC